UGCUCCCGCUGCACCAACCAGCAGAUCCGUCGAAAAUGAGGUCGAAAAUGAAGUUCUCGAGGCUCCCUGAAAGAGCACUUGGAUAAGGUUGUGCCUGGCUGCCUGCGGACACGUACCGACUCCUUCGGUGCUAUUUAAUACACGGAGGAGGCAUGGCACGCUACAGCCAAAGAAGGAUUUGUGCAUGUGAUGUGAGUGAAAGGGGCCUCUUCAUUCUUCCGCUCUUGAUAGCCGUCCUGAACGCUGCCGUCCUGCUUGACUGACGCCACUCGGUGGUUAGCGUUAUUUGCUCUCUACCAAAGAUACGUGUCAUAAGCUUAAAAUCUAAUGUCCACGGCGAUCGGCGCUACGGUCUCGCCCUCAUUAUGCCCACUCGCCUCCUCUGUCUCACUACCGAAGGCACGUUGCCGCUUCCUUUUUCACAUGACGACUCACCGCUACGCCGCUUCCCGGGAGGGAGUUCUUCUUCUUCCGUCGUCGAAGAGCAGCCACCGCGUCGUAGAUUCCACUACUCCCACCAUGACAUUUUCUCAAGAGAAGCGCAGAUUCGAGGUGCGUUCUCGAGGAGAUUACGCUUCGGGAGAUGUCGUGGAGACUGGGGAGUCGUUCGUUGAUGAUGCCUCAAAGGAGGAAAUUUUCUCUUGGUCUUCUGUCAUUUUACCAUUUUUGUUCCCAGCAAUGGGAGGCCUUCUAUUUGGAUAUGAUAUUGGUGCUACCUCUGGGGCUAUCAUUUCACUACAGUCAGCAGAAUUAAGUGGCACUACAUGGUUCGAUCUUUCUGCGAUACAGCUGGGCCUUGUGGUCAGUGGAUCUCUUUAUGGAGCUCUGUUUGGAUCUCUUCUAGUGUAUCCAAUAGCAGAUUUUCUUGGAAGAAAGAGGGAACUGAUUACUGCAGCUGCCUUGUAUAUCCUUGGUGGCCUAAUCACUGGUUUUGCACCUGAACUUUCUACUUUAAUAAUUGGACGAGCUCUUUAUGGUAUUGGCAUAGGAAUGGCCAUGCAUGGAGCUCCACUAUACAUUGCUGAGACCUCUCCCUCUCAAAUUCGUGGGUCAUUGAUAUCUCUAAAAGAGCUAUUCAUAGUACUUGGAAUUCUGUUUGGUUAUCUUGUUGGAAGCAUUGCCAUUUCUUCGACAGGUGGAUGGCGUUUGAUGUAUGGAUUUAGUGUCCCUAUUGCAAUUGUCAUGGGCCUUGGAAUGUGGAGUUUGCCACCUUCCCCUCGGUGGCUGCUUCUUAGAGCAGUACAAGGAAAAGGCAGCAUGGAGGAAAACAAAGAAAAGGCAAUCUAUGCACUUAGCAAGCUAAGAGGUCGACCAGUUGGUGAUAAGACAUCUGAAGAGCAAAUAGAAAGUACUUUGUCAUCAUUGAAAUCAGUUUAUGUUGAACAAGAGGCAGAAGGCAGUAUUUGGGAAAUUUUCCAAGGACCCAGUUUGAAAGCCUUCAUAAUUGGUGGUGGGCUAGUUUUUUUCCAGCAGAUAACAGGGCAGCCCAGUGUCUUGUACUAUGCUGCUCCAAUUCUGCAGAGUGCGGGAUUUUCAGCUGCUUCCGAUGCUGCCCGUGUAUCUGUAGUUAUUGGUGUGUUUAAGCUGUUAAUGACUGGUAUCGCUGUAGCAAAGGUUGAUGAUCUUGGAAGGCGACCCCUAUUGAUAGGUGGAAUAAGUGGAAUUGCGCUUGCUUUAUUCCUUCUUGCUGCUUAUUACAAUGCUCUUCAGGGUAUUCCCAUUGUUGCUGUGGUAUCUUUGCUAUUAUAUGUUGGCUGUUACCAGAUUUCGUUUGGCCCGAUCAGUUGGUUGAUGGUAUCUGAGAUUUUUCCUAUUCGGACAAGAGGACGAGGGAUCAGUCUUGCUGUUCUUACGAACUUUGGCUCAAAUGCUAUCGUGACUUUUGCUUUUUCCCCAUUACAGGAGCUGCUAGGGGCCAGCAACCUGUUCGCGCUCUUUGGGACAAUCUCCCUGCUCUCUCUCUUAUUUGUGAUCCUUAAAGUCCCAGAAACCAAAGGACUCAGCCUGGAAGAGAUAGAGUCAAAGAUCUUAAGAUGAGACAUUUUCUGUAGUUCCAUGUCUUGUAAAGCAGUCAGCCCUGCACAUAAUAAUGUUUUCUGUAUAUACAUGGCUUUGGAUUUAUGCUGAUAUGUGAGGUAUCGGUUCGGCCACUUUAA